AGAGAGCUGGGUCCCCAUGGCUUCUCCAACACUUCCCACCUUGCUCUGGGCUGGCUUGGUGGCCAGGUGGGCAGCUCAGGGAACACAGGCACCUGUUGGGGACCUGUGCCACUGAGCUCUCUCCCUGUGCUCCCCAGCAUCCCCCAGGAGAAGCCCCAACCGUGUCUCAUCAUUGGAGAAAAGGAAUAUGAGAAACUCAAGGAAUCAGCUCGAGCCCCGACUGAAGAGGAGCGUUGGGACAGGCUGAAGACCCUGAGAGCCAGACAGGACGCUGCUUUUGAAGCCUUGAAAAAGGCCCAGAUUGAGGAGCAGAGAAAGGCAGAACUGGAGGACAAGAGGGACCGUCGGAGAGACGUGGAGGAGGAGCUGCAGCAGGAGGAGCAGAAGCUGCUGCAGCGGGCGAUGAGGAUGAGGCUGGAGCAGGAGGAAGACGUGCGGGAGCUGAACGCGCUGUUCCUCAAUGCCAAGUGCAACAUGAUCCGGGACAAGCAAGUCCUGGAGAAGCGGAUGAUCAACAAGGAACUGGAGGAGGAGGAGAAGCGCCUGGACAAGAUGAUGGAAAUGGAGCGGGAGAAGGGCGUGGAGGUCCAGGAGGAGCUGGAGCGCCAGAGGAAGCAGGAGCUGAUGAGAGCCCGGCAGGACAUUGUGAAACAGAUGGAGCAGAAUGCAGAGGAGCGGGCACUGAGGGCUGAGGAGCUGUACCAGGAGGGCCAGAGGCAGCUGGAGCGACUGGAGCAGAUGAAGAGGGAGGAUCGGAAGGCCUGGGAGCAGAAACAGGAGCGACUAAAGCAAAUCCAUGCUGAUAUUAAACAUUUCAAUAUGGAGAGCCAGAGGCUGAAGGAUCAACAGAGGGAGCAGGAGAGGCUGGAGGACGAGCGGGUGCUGGAGCAGCAGCGGCAGAAGGCUGAGUGGGAGGCCACCUUGGAGGCGGAGCAGCAACAACUGCGCCUGGAGAAGGAGAAGGAGCUGGCCCGGCUCAGAGCCACACAGGAGCGGGCCCAGGACUGGCAGGCAGAGCGGGAUGCUCUGAGGGCCAAGAGGAACCAAGAGGUCGCAGACCGGGAAUGGCGGCGGCGGGAGCUGGAGAAGGCACGGAAGAAGGCCGAGCUGGAGCAGCAGCUGAAGCAGGACCGGCUGGAGCAGGUGGCCCAGAAGGAGCAGUACCUGGCCAGGCAGGUGCAGCAAGACCGCCAGGAAUUCCAGAGGGUGCUCAGGGCCCAUCAGGAGCAGCUGGAGCGGGAGAAGCUGGAGCAGGAGCAGAGGGAGCUCCGGCAGCGCGCCCAUGCCGAAGAUCUCCGGCGGCAGAUCCAGGAGCUGCAGCAGCAGCGACAGCGGGAGCGGGCGGCCUUCAUUGAGGAGGGCCGGCGGCAGCAGCAGGAGAUCCGGCAGCGCAGCGAGCGCCUCGCCCAGUUCAGGCAGCAGAAGCUGCAGGAGUUCAGGUCAGGGGCUGCCAGUGCUGCUUCCCUGGGCUCUCUGGGCUCCCCGAGUCCUUCCUGGUGUCCCAGCCUGGGCCACCUCCCAGCUCCCUCUGCAUCCUCAGCAAACGGAACCUGCU